AUGACAUAAAGAUGUGCAGUAGAAUGCGGGUGGGCAAAGAAAAUAUUAUAUUCACGAAAUGUGUUCUCCAGCCAACCAAUAAGGCAUCCCUUCCUUACUAGUUAUAGCCUCUGCUUCUGCCCUUGUCUUUAAUCCUUGUCUAUUUCUGAGCCCCUUCCUUAGAGGCUACUGGCUGAGGAAGUCUAACAUGAUGAGGUCCGAGGGUGAAGUUCACUCAGCAAAGACAGGAUGGUGGCAUGCAAGCAAAUUAAAGCAUUCUCAGCUUUCCAGUUCACUCUCUCUGCAAAAAAAAAAAAAAAAAAAAAAAAAAAACAUAGGUUUUUAGGCUUCUAUUUUUAGGAGUUGCCAAAUACAUUUCAAAAGCAAAACUACAAAUUAAUGCAGCAUGGGGUAUGUGACAUUUUUUAAGGUCUUUGGAGGAGAUGACAAAACAAGGAGCUUCCCACUUUCCAGGGUUGUAAGUUUUUGGGAAAACAUCAAGUGCGAAAAAUCAAUAAACAUCCUACCUUGCCACUGAAUUGUGUGAGGGUUUCCUGAUUACCUGGUAGUCACCAGGCUUUAGAAGAGUUAUUGUCAUUUCGAUUUUCAGAUGAGUCACUGGAUCUCUUGCCCCCAGGGCCACUUCAUUAUGAUUCAGUGCAAAGUACUGACAGCACUGGGGCUUCCGGAAGGGAGUGGUGUCGGGAUGGGGGUUGCUGUUGGCAGGAGGCUUAAUUGACACCUUUGAUGUAGUCUAAGACAGAACCUGCACCUCCCACUGCUGCUUGGGAGACGUCAGCUUUACGCAGAAAAGGCAUCUGCUGAUGAAUCCUGCAUCUCAUUCAGCCUGCUCUGGGAGCAGCCUUAGCCAUCCUUAAACUCAUCCAACCGAUUCCCGUUUCUGCGGGUGCUUGGCUUAGUGCUGAGACGGGAUUCCGCCCUUGGUAUUCAGGUCCAACACUAAGACUGUGUCCAUGUUAGAACUCAUAGAAGUUAAUGGAACCCCUGGUAGUCAGCUCUCUACUCCGCGCUCAGGCAAGUCACCAAGCCCAUCACCCACCAGCCCAGGAAGCCUGCGGAAGCAGAGGGACCUGUACCGCCCCCUCUCUUCGGAUGACUUGGAUUCAGUAGGAGACUCAGUGUAAAAGAAACAGUGGAGCAAUGUAUAUGGUUUGUGAUUGGCUGAAGGUUUCACAUUUCCUAAGCAAAAGUCUAACAGCAAAAUACACAAAAGAGCUUUGCAUACCUUGAAAUGAUAAAAGACCACAUCAUCCGAAAGUAAAUAUGUAUGCAUUUUGUUUUCAUGAUGUUCAACCUUGAAAUUGAGAGAUUUUUAAAAAUGUCUCCCACAUGGAUUUGAUUGGGGAGAGUCUGAACACAAAAUGCCAAGAUUUUUGUACAGGGUCUGGCUCCAGAUGAAUUUCAUACACGGACACAAUAUUGAGUACAAGAACACACUAAUCAUGUUGCAAUAUAGAGCCAGAAUUUCUGUAGAUGGAGUUUUCUUCUUAAUCAUAAGUAGACAUAGAGAUAUAAUUUUUCUGUACUUCCUGUAAAGCAUAUUAAAACGGCACUAGCAGGCAUAUUUUUUCUUAAGGUUAUUUUGUUUUUAAAAUUUGAAUUGCUUGGUUUUUAGAGGUACUUUUAUUGCAAAAUAAUAAAAAUGCUUGGGUAGAUAUUUUUUGUCCCUAGACAGUAGAAAAAGCUACUUACUGUUUUGUGGGUUAGUAUAUCUGACAGAAAAAGAAAAAUUAUGACAACGACACAUCUCAUAAAGGCUCUAAAGUUAGGCUUUAGGAACUUUCCUUGUUUUUGUUGUCAAGUAAAUUUUAUUUUUUAAAGUUAUUUUAUUAGAAACUAUAAAUUUAGCUUAAGCUAUAUGCCAACAUGAAGAACAUGGCCAAUGGCAUUGCUAUAGAUUGUAUAAUUUUUUCUUACAAUCAUAUACAUAAUUUUUUGAAUGUGUAAAAACUAAAGCUGGGAAUUUUUUUUUUUUCAUGCAGACCUAAAAAAAAUUGUGUCUGGACUUUUUCCAAGAAAUCCAUUUGAAAAGCAAAAUUCACUUAAAUGGUGCUGUAUAAAUCAGGCCCAGAGUAUCCAAAUCUCCACUCUGAAAAAUUCUCAAUCUUGCUGGUGUUUUGGAAAUUUUCAUAUGCAAAACUCCUUUUGUGUUAAACCAAUUAAGUCUAUGAUUAUAACCCAUUGUUAAACAUUAACCUACUAAUUCUGCUCUUCUAGUCCUCUAUUUUAAAAAUUAUAGUUGGCUUUGCUUAAACAUAAAAUAAUUAUUUUAAAGUCUGAAUGUUAAAAAUUAAUUUAAUGUGUAUGGUCUAUUGUAUUUAAGCCAUAUCCUAGUGGUCAUUUACUUUUACUAGUUCAAACACUAACAAUUUAAGACUUGUGAAGCAUGGUUUUGAUAUUCUUCAGGCUUGACAUAUCUCAGUAGGUGAUAAAUUAAAAAUGUUUGAUGCCAUUUGGAGGCUUUUACAUGAUUUUUUUUUCAAAUUUUACUUGAAAACAAUUUUUAAAUGUUUUAUUCAAGAUGGAGAGAAAUUCAGUUGUCGCACGCUGUUUUAAAUGUUAUUGAUUUAUCUCCCUGAUAAAUUGUUCAACUAGCAAAUUUUACCAUCUGGUUUAUAGUUACAUAUGUUACCAUCUCACUUUACAAGUGAAUAAAAUAUUCCAACCAAAAGAAGAAGAAGAAGAAAAACGUCCAGGCAAUCUAACAGCAUUUGAAAACUUAGCCCUAUAAUAAUUAGUGCCUCAUUAUGCUGUCUGUUGGAGAGAAAGACACUUCUCUGGCAGGUUAUUCAAGAGCUGCAAACUGAACCAUUCCAUCUUGAAAGAACAGUUCGUAAUAAUACCUGUUCCAGACUUCAGGUUUUAAAACUGUUUCCAAUAGAAGUGACCAGAGACUCCUGCUGAGAUCAAAAGGCUGCUUUGUUUUAGCUGAAACAGUAAACAUCUGUGAGGUUGCCUACGCUGGUGUCUGUUUUAGUUAUGUCUUUGUAAAAUGCAUUACUUAAUACAGUUGGGUCCAUAAAAGAUUAGUAUGUAUUUGACUAAACUGCCAAAAAUACAAAGAAAGCAGUGGAACAGUUACUUUAAAUCUGGUGGGGUCAGAUGGUCCAGAACAAAAAUAAAUUCCAAUAAUUUUAACUUCCCUGCACUGUCAAUCUUAUGGACUACUACUGCUAGAAAGAUCCAAUAAAGGCUAUUUGUUCUAAGCGGUAGAUAUUGCCAAUUGAUAUGGAGCCCAUAGCUUUGUUUAGACAGGGCAAAAAGAAACUGAACUUGUACUAAUUGCCGAUAGAUAUCGUGGCCAACUUUCCAUUCAAGCAGUUCCAAGGGAAGUGCUUUCCACAGCAUUUAAUCUCUUGAACAUAUGACUUCUAUUAAAGGACUGUUCAGGGGCUAUAUAUAUCAUUUACUUUUUGAAAGUAAAGUCCCUCAGAGAUUGAAACAGCACACCAUUUAUAGUCUUUGAGAUCUCUUUUUAUGCAAAACAUAAUUCUAUUAAACUAAAGCAGAAAUAAAAAAUUCUUAGCAACAAACCAGAAGUUUUCAGUUCAUUGGUGGAACAGAAUUGGUGAUUUAUAGGCACUUAUGAUUCAGUUACUUAUAGAAUUCUUUAUAAAAAAAAAUUCGGCAAUGAAUUUUUAAAUUGUUCUACUGAGCAGGGAAUACUUCAGCAAAAGCCAUGCAGUUUUGUCCUAAUGAUAAUCCUUAAAUGCGCUCUGAAGACAUCGUGCUGUAGUUCAAAGUUCGAUACUUUUUCACUUGCACUCACUUUUUUCUUAGAUGUAGACAUUGUAGAAAAAGAUAUUAAGAAUAUUUCCCUGCUUUCAGCAUUUUAGAAGUGCAAAAGUUAAAAAUAUAUAAAGUAUGAAGUUCAGUGUGAACUCAAAAGACUAUAGUUCUGAAAGCCACAUGGUGUGUUUUUGUCUUGUUUAAUCAACUAGGCAGGGGGAAAAAUCUAGACAGUUUCUGUACUGCCAUAGAAUUUUAAGAAGUGUCAGGUUCUCUCAUCUGUAUACAUCCCUGUGCGCAUAUAUAUUGGCUCAUCUAAAUAUUAAGAACCCAAAAAACAUUUUCUAAAACCAUUUGAACCAGCGCUAACGUACUAUAUAUAUACCCUACAUAACCAGCCGGGGAAUUUCCAACACAUGCCCUGAAGAUCUAUACAUGAUUGGGCUCUUUUUCUUUCUUUCUUUCUUUCUUUUGCUUAAAAACAAUGAAGUGUGCAAGUCAGAUUCCUUAAUGAAAGUGAAUGAAGAUAUAAAAUAAUAUUCCUGAAAAUUCCACAUAUUUUAAUUCUUGGACUGCUAAAUUUUUCAUACGUGGCCAUAUAUUUAUACAGGUGUUUGGGUGUUUAUGUAAAUUUGCCAGGCUUGGUGUGUAUGUGGGUAUGCUUCUGUAAGUAUCUGUGUAUGUGUAUAAACCAUCAAUAGUAAAAUAUAGUAUUUGUGAUACAGCCUUAUACGUUACUGGCUCUUGUGGAAUUAUACAUAAAAUCUUCAUGUCAUAAAGUGUUACUCUGUGACAUAUUAGUUGGGGCAUGUUUAAAUUAAAAAGCAGUUUGCUCAACUAGUAUGGCAAAUGGUUCCAAAUAUUCAGAUAUACUGAUUUAUAAAAAAAAGAUUUAAAAAAUUUGUCUUAACUAUUAAAUAUAACAUUAAUGUUUAUAUCGAUAUAUCUUUGUGUUCGAUUAUUAACAAGAUUGAAUACUAUGAUUUUUUUCUAUUGUGUGUGUAUGGAUGGCUUGUAGUGGUUGUCAAUCACUAUAUGCUAAAAAAAUGAAACAUUGAUACAGUUGCAGAUUGUCAAGUAUAAUGUUGGAACAUAAAUAGAAGAGAAUCCAGAGUCUAUUUGAUAUGAAGUAAGUUUAAAAACAAAGCCAGAUAACCUGUAAGGCAAUUCUGUAUGUUCUUUCAAAACUCUAAACUGUUGACAAAUUUCGAAUAUACUUGCUGUAUGUGUGUAUGUAUCUACAUAAAUAUAUACACACUUGAAAAUGUUAAUUGAAAGAAUUUACUAUAUAUGCAUACAUUUGCUCAUUUAUGCAUAUUUGCAUUAACCUUGCUAGCAUCUCUAUUUGUGCAUGUUAGUGACAACUGUCUUUGAUUGAAAUAUCCCACAGAGGCAUAGUGUGAAAAAUAGAGAUAUACUGAAUUCAAUAUACCAAUUGCCUGAUAUAGUGCGUUGUACUGUCAGUUGAAAAAAUUUGUAAUUUUGUGCCUGUUACGCAUGUGGAAAAAAGAGGAAAUCAGAGGCCCUCACUAUAAUUUUUAAGGGUGCAUGACAUACGAUGUCUUUAAAAUAUGGUUCAUUUUAGUAGAUUAUGGAUAAAUUCCAAGAUAGUAUGAAUGAUGCAUGUAAUACAUGAGUGUUUGUAUUAUAUAUGGCCACAAAAUGUUUUUGAAGCCAGGGUAGUAGAUACCUAAAAGUUAUAGGCAAAGAAGUAUGAAAGUUAACUUUCUGUGAUGUGUUUUUGAGGAGUUGAUACUCAUCAGUAAGCAAGGAAUUGAGUUUAUUUUUUCUAAGAACUCUUUACUUUGAAAUAUAUUAUGAAUAUUGUAAAUUUGGAUAACAUUUUUAUAAAGAGGUUACAUACUUUCUGCUCACAGUUUCAGUUGAUUGGAUGUGUAUUCUCUUUAAAAAAAAUUUGGUGUUAAAACAUUUGACACAGCAAUAUCUUUUUUAAAUCCAUCAACUGAGUCCAUCAGCAGAGCUUUAUAGAGCUAAGGGUUGACAAAAUGUUUCAUUGAACUACCCAAUUUUGAAAGUUCAAUUACUUUGUGCUGUGGUUUCAUUGUAAAAUGUUGUACCUUGUGUUUCACACUGGACCAUGUUAUUCCUCUUGAAGUUAACUUUGUGACACUUACCACCUUAGAAUAACUAUGUAAUAAACAGGAAAAACUGCC